AUGAAAUUUAUCACAAUCCCUUACCAGCCAGAAACUGAUUUUGUGGCUAAGGAUCAAUCAGCUGCUCAUUCACGGCCCUCUCUUCCCGUUUUUUCGCAAGUCGAUGACGAACUUGCAAAACCGGAAGAUAUACCGCUGAACAGAAGAAACUUCAUUUACACACCGUGCUCGGCCAAUCCGCUAUUCAGUGCGCUAAAAUAUGCUACAACUGAGUAUCCUUUUGAUGUUGCAGGUUUCAAUUACAUGGACAGAGCUGAGGACAUGGGUGUGCUUACACCUUCGAACAAUGCUGUCGGGGUGCCGAGACCCUUGGGGUGGAGGACGGCAAGAUGCGAUGCUUGCAUAAAAGAAGGAACAGUCUAUUGGGAAGUGGCAAUCUUAAAGAAUGAAGUGCUUGAUUUGACUUCCGACCCAGACCUGAAGUCAAUGAAAGAUAAAAUUAACAGCAUGGCAAACUUGAGAUUAGGGGUUUCGCGACGAGAGGCGUCUUUGGAAUGUCCAGUUGGAUUCGACUUGUACGGUUACGGGAUUCGAAAUUUCAGCUUGGAAUCGAUUCACGACGGCAAAAUGAAUCAGAAGCUCCCCGCGGGACAGAUAAGAGCGGGAGAUCGACUAGGGUUCGUGUUGCACCUGCCGUCUGCCGAGGACCAAAUAACUCAGGCCAAGGACUUUUCAGAAGCCAAGAUUGCAGCUCUUUCAACGCCUGUCGAAAACGCGGUGGAUGGACCUUUAAAGAAGAAAGCUAAAAAACUAACUCGUGAGUUUCAAAAGGAUUUGUUACGCGACCAAGACUACUCGAAUGUGAUACGAGAUCAGAUCGCGAUUCGUUACAAAAACCAGCUUUUCUUCGAAGCAACUGAUUACGUCAAGACAACUAAGCCUGAGUACUAUACCUCAGAUAAGCGUGAACGUCAAGAUUUUUACUCGCUUAAAGAUUCUUAUCUCGAGGUGUUCUUGAAUGGUGAAGAGCUUGGGGUGGCAUUUGAGCAACUAAAGCCGUUUCUGCCGCCUUUCAGUGAGCUGAAAUACAAUGAGAAGCUUUAUUACAACUACUGGAAAAACGAAACUGGUGGCAACGCAGAGGGGAAUGAAGCACACGCCAAAGACGACCAAAAGCGUGGGCCCGGAAGCAUUUUGAAAAACAAAUAUGUGAAUAAUAGUAGACUCGGGUACUAUCCGACCAUAAGCUGCUUCAAUGGGGGUAGUGCUCAAUUGCUAACUGCGGUAAAUGACUUCAAACAUUGGGACGCGGUUCAAGCUGCAGUUCCAGAAGUCAGGCCCGUCAAUGAUAUUUUUCAAGAGCAAAUUGCUGACGACAUAGUCUGGGACAUUGUCGAUGAAGUUGAGGCCGAGUUACUAAGUGAUGGGUAG